AUGAGAAAGAAGACCAGUCUCAAGUACAAUCCGUUUCCAAUGCCAAUGAGCGGUGUGCUCGGAAUUAUCAUCAUGGGGACAUCCACAAUAGCUCUAUGCUUCAUGGUGAUUGUGAUGAUGAUUGAUAAAGGUACUAGUGGUUGUUAUGGUUCAAACACUGUUCCUGUCUUGGUGGAUAGUGAUUUAGGGACCGAUGAUUUAUUCGCAAUUGUACACUUGCUUCACUACCAUCAUCAAGUGAAUGAUCGGCAAUUAUUGCAACGACGACCACCACAAUUACGUGAACAAUUAUCAAACACAUAUUCGGAAUUACGGAACGAAGAAGAAGAUGAACAUUGGAAACGGUUUGAAACAUCAAAAUUUAUUCAUCAUGAUGGUGCUAUUCAGAAUUUCACAAUUUCAGUGAUUGGAGUAAGUCUUGUCACUGGCAUGCAACUCUCUCUUGAAAAUUCGGUGGAUAUUUUACAGAGAUUACAAUUAUUUACCAAUGGUUUUGAAAGGCAUGAAUCCGUGAUGAAUUUAAUAUCGCAAGAACAACUGAAAUUACCCAAGCUCUACAUUUCAAUGGAUCCGCAUGGAUUAAUUCCAUCACAGAGUCAUAGUUUUAGUGAAGGCGCAUGGUAUGCCAAAUGGAACGAUAAAGAGCUACAUAUGGCUGAUAUUCUUGGAAUGCCACCUAUUGUCAAUUAUUCACAUCCUACAUUGCUACCUGUGGUUAGUGGCCAAGACUAUGUUAAAGAAAUGAUGAAUCUCUUGAAAAAUCAAAUAGAAUUGAAUCAACCUGCCACCAUUUUGGCCAUUGGACCUUUGACAAAUUUAGCUCGUCUUGUUCUCUCUAAUCAGAACCAUAUUUUGGAAAAAGCAAUCGAGAAAAUUGUCAUCAUGGGAGGAGCAAUUAACAUGAUUGAUCCAAGCAAUACUAUCAAUGGAGCUGAAUGGAACUUCUUUUGUGAUUCCACAGCUGCAGAAAUUGCCUUGCGAACAUUCAGUGGAAGAAUAGUAUUGUUUGAUUUGAAAGUUGCAAAUUUAGACGCUGUCAAUGAAACCAAUGCUCAAGACAUUUACAAAUUUGCCACCUCUUUUAACAUUCCGAAACCUACUCUUCAAUUUGUUCAGUUAGGACUUUUGGAAUUGUCACGUGCCUCUCUCACCUAUGAUGUGGUUACAUCCUUUUAUUUGACGCAUCCACAUUUAUUUACCUUACAAAAAAUUUGUGUUUCCAUCUCAUCUGAAUCACCUACUCAAGGAAUUAUUCAUCAAGUGGAUUGUACUGGACAAGAAGAACAUGAUAUUGUUGUGAAUCGAGCAGUGACAUUUAAUAAGAGUCAAUAUCUUGAAUAUUUGAAAGAAUUAUUUAGAGUGUAA